AUAAAAAUAAAGUUUUUAAUAUAUGAAUAUAUAUAAUACUUAUUUAACAGAUCAUUAUGUACAUCGAAUAGUUCAACAACAUAUUCUAAAAGUAACUAAAGCAGUUUUUAAAAGCCAUUAAAACUAGAACUACUUUUUACCUUACAACGGGUCUUUUUAACCUUACUAUGGGUCUAUAUAUAUUAAAUUUAUAUAUAUUUUUAAAAAGAUAUUUUCUUGGUAUUAACAUAUUUCUUAUCGUUUUACAAGUUUAUUAUAUGGUUUCUACAAGUAAAUGGGAAAUGGUCUAUUUAGCAGCUCAUUAAAAAAAGAAGCAUGUAACUGCAAGCUUGAAGUUUUUCCUUGUGAUGACAGGAAUAUCAAAUGCUCAGGUUGUUCAAAUGUGCAUCUUUACUGUAGUUGUGUUGGUAGUACAAAAGUUCCUUUGGAAGAGCGCUCCUAUUUAAAAGACCAAAGGGAGAAAAUUGGUACUAAAAAAAAGUUUCAAAUAGGAGGUAUUGAUAACUCUGUUUUAUCACCUACCUCAAGAAAUACAAAACAAACAAAAGCUUCUGAUGAAGAAAUUUAUAUUAAAGAGUUUGACACAAUCAUGGAUUCAGAUCAGAUGUAA